AUGAAAUUCGUUCGGCUUACCGCAAGCCACCCCGAUAAAGUUCCCGAAGAUGAGCGCCCAACUGCCGAGAUCAAAUUCAAGGCCGUUCAAGAGGCAUACGAAAUCCUUUACGAUGACCAGAAACGCCACAUCUACGACACCCACGGCAUGUCUGCUUUCAACGGCUCCGGUGACCCCGGUAUGGGUGGUGGUAUGCCCGGCGAUGUCGACCUUGACGAUCUUCUGGCGCAGAUGUUCGGUGGUAUGGGCGGCAUGGGUGGAGGCAUGCCUGGCAUGGGAGGUAUGCCCGGGAUGGGAGGGAUGCCUGGAGGUGGCCAGCCUCGCCGAAGCCGCAAUGAGCAACAAGACUACGAAGUCAGCCUAGAGAUGCUUUAUAAGGGAAAGACUGUCAAAUUCGCCAGCACCAAGAACGUUAUCUGCAGUCUUUGCAAGGGCAAGGGUGGCAAGGAGAAGGCCAAGGCCAAGGAGUGCUCUACCUGCGGGGGCCAGGGAAUUAGGGAAGUUAUCAUGCAACAGGGCGGCUUCCUCACCAAGUCGGCCCAGCCCUGUACCACAUGUAACGGACAGGGUCGCUUCUUCAGCCCCAAGGAUAAGUGUAAGAAGUGCAAGGGCAAGAAGACCACCGAGGAGAAGAAGAUUCUUGAGAUGUAUAUUCCUCCUGGUUCUCGUGAGGGGGAUAAGAUUGUGUUGGAGGGUGAAGCGGACCAGGUACCUGACCAAGAGCCCGGUGACAUUAUCUUCCGCCUGGUGCAGGAGGAGCACGAAGUUUUUGACCGCGCUGGUUCCGACCUUCGGGCUAGCUUCGAUGUGACAGUGGCUGAGGCUCUGACUGGGUUCUCUCGCGUGGUGAUCAAGCACCUCGACGGUCGUGGUAUCGAGCUCACACACCCGGCUGGCAAGGUGCUCUCACCCCUGCAGGUUCUCAAGAUCCCCGGCGAGGGUAUGCCCAUCAAGCGCAGCGACUCCAAGGGUGAUCUCUACUUGGUUGUCAACGUCACAUUCCCCGAAGAGAACUGGAAGCCUACCCCUGAGAUGCUCGAGAAGAUCAAGCAGGUGCUUCCCGGACCCGAGGCUCCUAUCACAGCCGAGACGGUGGACGAGGUUGAGUUCGAUCCGAAGGGCAACAUGGAGGAGUUUGGCGCCCAGGAUGCGCAGGGCGGUUCGGCCUGGGCUGAUGAUGAAGAAGAAGAAGAGCCAGCGCAGUGCGCCGCUCAGUAA